AACACGUGAGCGCGCAGCACGCGUGUCCUCGCGGGGUUCACCCACGCGCGGUUUUUAGUUUUCUGCCCUUUUUUAGUUUGGCUCAGAUUUAGCUGCUACAGGAACUGGGCUAGCUGGCCAGCUAGCUCGGCGGAGUUAGCCGUGGGGCUAACAUCGGGAUUGUGUGGACUGAGGAGUCGAACCCCGGCGUCGACGCGUGUCUCUGUUUUUAAAAGCGCGGUCUGUGUUGACGUGCAGCUGAAGCGAGGAGCCGGAUUAAAAGCAGAAAAGUACUUUAUCUUCACUGUUAGCAGGUCAACUACCUGCUACUGUCACCGCCUACAGCCACUGUCUGACUCACGUCCCCAACAACAACAACAACAACCUCCUUCAAGUUUACACGUUUUUUAAACAGAAGAGUCGAAGAGUUCAGACUUUGAAAGAAUAAUAUGCACUUUGUGUUGACCAGAUAUAAGGAGCACGAGGAUGCACGUCCCGGGCCUUCAUCAUAGGUUUUCUUAGAGUCAAACUUUGUGGCUCACCCGAUGCAUCAGGGGGCAAAGUGCUUCCAUCUGGUGUGUGUUGAUGCAGAUGGACGUCAGGACAGCACGUUGACGAGUGGAAGUGACGGAUUCAUCCCCCUCACCCUCUUGCCCCCACACCUUCUGUCACGCUGGCAAUGUCAAGAGUCCCGAGUCCCCCUCCCCCUGCGGAAAUGUCCAGCGGGCCAGUGGCCGAGAGCUGGUGCUACACACAGAUCAAAGUGGUGAAGUUCUCUUACAUGUGGACCAUAAACAACUUCAGCUUCUGUCGUGAGGAGAUGGGUGAGGUCAUCAAGAGCUCCACCUUCUCUUCAGGGGCCAAUGACAAGCUGAAAUGGUGUUUGCGAGUGAAUCCGAAGGGCCUUGAUGAGGAGAGUAAAGACUACCUGUCUCUCUACCUGCUGCUGGUCAGCUGUCCGAAGGCCGAGGUGCGCGCCAAGUUCAAGUUCUCCAUCCUCAAUGCCAAGGGAGAGGAGACCAAAGCCAUGGAAAGCCAGAGAGCAUAUCGCUUUGUCCAGGGGAAAGACUGGGGCUUCAAAAAGUUCAUCCGGAGAGACUUCCUCCUAGAUGAGGCCAAUGGUCUUCUACCUGACGACAAGCUCACACUCUUCUGCGAGGUGAGUGUCGUGCAAGACUCAGUCAACAUAUCCGGUCAGAACACCAUGAACAUGGUGAAGGUGCCUGACUGCCGGCUAGCGGACGAGCUGGGAGGCCUGUGGGAGAACUCACGUUUCACAGACUGUUCCCUUUGUGUGGCUGGUCAGGAGUUUCAGGCCCACAAAGCCAUCCUGGCAGCUCGCUCCCCUGUAUUCAGCGCCAUGUUUGAGCAUGAGAUGGAGGAGAGCAAAAAGAACCGUGUGGAGAUCAACGACGUGGAGCCCGAGGUUUUUAAAGAGAUGAUGUGCUUCAUCUACACAGACAAGGCUCCCAACCUGGACAAGAUGGCUGACGACUUGCUGGCAGCAGCUGACAAGUAUGCUCUGGAGAGACUGAAGGUCAUGUGCGAGGACGCUCUGUGCACCAGUCUGUCUGUGGAAAAUGCUGCUGAGAUCCUCAUCCUGGCGGACCUGCACAGCGCCGACCAGCUCAAAACCCAGGCUGUGGACUUCAUCAACUACCACGCCGCAGAGGUGAUGGAGACCGCCGGUUGGAAGUCCAUGGUAGCGUCAAAUCCUCACCUGGUGGCCGAAGCUUACCGCUCCCUGGCGUCCGCUCAGUGCCCUUUCCUCGGACCCCCACGCAAGCGCCUCAAACAAUCCUAACAGCCUCACAGCAAGGCGUCAGCAUACUCAUACACACCUACACAUACACAGAGACCCCCCCUCUCAAACACACAGGGACAAACCUUCCCCUCGCUGUUACCUACUACACUACCUACAGCCUCCCCCAAAUCUCCCCCUUCUGCCCCAUCCAAACCUGCUGUAUUUAGUCUCUUCUAAAGAUGGAGGGAAGAAGAAGAGGGAGGAGGAGGAGGAGGAAGAAGAGAGGGACAGGUGGGCUUGUGAAGUGGAUGUUUGUCGUUUACAAAAGAAUCACAACAAUCUUCCCUUUUCUCCUCGGCUCUGGCAUAGAGAGAUCUGACGUUGUGCUCUUUUCCACGUGUGAAAGUGAAAUCCUUCGACGUCCUGCUAGUUUCCACUUUGGAAUCCGAUCAGAAGGAAGAACUGGACACGAGAACCCAGGAGAGAACCGAGUGUCCGGAAAUUUCAAAGGCUCAAAGGAAAAGUGCAGAUGAAUUAAAGACUUAAAAAAGUCUAAACUGUCAAUUUUCUCAUAAGGCUUCUUUUGGCGCAGUUCUUAGUGUUUGGAGUGGAGCAGCUGGAGAAGCCCCUGAUGUUAAGGACAUAUGGGUCUGUGAGGGACUGAAGAGGAAGACGUGGGCCUGUUGGUUACAAACUAGAAGCCCCACCCCCCGAGAAAGACAACCAAGGGCUAAUCACACACAAAAAAAAAAAAAAAAAACGCAGAAAAUGGGACAAAAUCAAAAUCAUUUUCCUAAAUGACGUUGGGAAAACAUUGCACUAAAGUCACAGGUUACACCUUGUCAACCCUUACCAGCAGUAAUGUAGAAAUACUGUAGGCAAGCACACAUUGAAGCAAGCUUCAUGGACUAAAGACGCAGCUGGACCUCCCAGAACAAGUUCCCUUUAAGAAGAUUUAUCAGCAAGUGACAAAAACAACUCAGACACUCCCGUACAGAACUCCUCAAGCUUCAUCUGCGUCCGUUUU